AUGAACGGCCGGCUCUUCACCUUUCUCGAAGAGCAGCUGCGCCGCUACUGGAACGUCUUCUUUCUGCUGGGCAACCACGAGCCGACCGGGACGAGCUGGCCGGCUGCCAAGGCGACUGUGCGCAGCUUCGUCACGAGGCCGCCGACACGCACGUCAUCGCCAACCAGCGCGGCUAUUCUCGGACCCCCGCGGCUGGCUUCGAUGCCAAGAAGAUUAUCUACGUCGGCGAGAGACUGUGCGCAGAUGGGGAUGAGCUAG